AUUUCAUGUUGUAAUUCCAAUAUGGCGCACGUCCCGAGCAGGAGUCCAACAGCGGAACGUUCACCACUUCACCGAACCAGCAAUAUGUGCCUCACGCAAGAUGUUCCACUCAUGAGAAGUCCGGUUGUCGACCAAGUUAACUGCGCACAAGAAGGAAAGCUUGCUCCUGAUAUAUAUAGUUCAAUGUCGUCAGUCUGUAAAAUAACGUCAGUGCACCGAGCAGAGACAGUCAUCAGCAAAAACAUGGUCGCCAUAGCCAGUAUCGGAAUCGUCGUCACUGUUACCAUCGUCUUCGUAGUAGUCGCAUGGUCAAAACGCGGGAAAAGCAAUAUUCGGCAAGAUCCAAUGACAUUGUGCGGCACCCCAGACUGCUUGAGUCAUGCCCUAAGCUUAAAGACGAGCCUUGAUACCGGAGUUGACCCAUGCGACGACUUCAAUGCUUUCGUUUGUGGCAACUCUCUCAACGAAGCGCUCGCACAAACACUGCGAUACAGACGCAUCAUGGCCACCUUGAGACGUCUCAACAGUGCCGACGCAUCUCACCUUCAGAGCACUGCCAUUGCAAAAGCCCGCCGAUUGUUUGCCACCUGUUCCAGUACCAACCUCUCCGGAAGCGUGAGCAACGUGAUCGCCUUCGAGGAAUUCGUACACUCUCACAACUUGGCGCUCUCGGAAAGCGGGAAACACGAAGUACACCCUCUGGAUCUUGUGCUUGAGUUGGCUAUAGCCUGGGGUAUCUGUAUGUGGAUUAAGAUUGAAAUAAUGCGAAAGGAACGAGUAAUCCUUGUAAGUUGGUGCGAAUGGCCUGCGAGAAGACUCGAGGAGAUGCAAGGCAUGUCUCAAGCCCAGCAUGAAUCCUACGUUCAGAAGCUUUGCGCGGUUUCAACGAAGCUUGUGUCAUGCAAAGAGAACGUAAUCGGUCUCCUUCAAGAUGAAAAACUUAUACUGAGCACGCUGCUUACAAAUUAUACUAUCCAUAACCAGAAAUACUUCGCUCUAAAUGAAAUAAACGUCCUAACGCCUUCCAUAUCGUCAGGAACAUGGACCGAUCUGCUGAGCAAGCACUUGAAGCCAACCUUUCCCCUAACGGACUACAUGAUGUUAGCUCGAGAUCUGAACGUACUAAAAAGCAUUGACUCUGCAUUUCAAGCAGUUUCCCAACAACGUCUACUCUCUCAAAUUAGAUGGACUUUUCUGCAGAUGCGUGCAUGGACUGUGGUUCCAUCGGUACAUUUAAUUAAGGUUGGACGUCCUGAAGAAAUAACAAGAAUACGGGCUAUUCAAUGCCUCGACGUCGUUGAGAAUACUAUGGGACUUCUCCUAGAUCUGGAAGAUAUCCACAAAGAACACUCAAACAAAAGCCGGGAGGAUAUAGAUACCAUGUUAGAUACCAUCUCAAACAUGACCGUACGCCUUUUAAUAGAAACGGAGUGGUUGGACGAAAAGAAAGUCGUUACAGCGAUCGCGAAACUCGCUUUGAUCAGGCGAGACGUUUGGCCGGCCAGCAUCUUCUACAACGUAACCGGCCUCGACGAACUGUACUCGGCGUUCCCCUCCAUGUCAGAUGAAUUCUUUGUCAACUGGAUCAAAUCUCGUGAAGCAAUGACAUCGACGUUGAUCAGGAGCGCCUACAACAGUGCAGACGUCUUCCAAAUGCGCCACGAUAACAUUUACGGCCUAUUCUUCUACUUAAACUAUGUGAACAUUAUCCAGGUAUCGCUCUCUGCGUUCCAUAAGCCGUUAUAUUACACCAACGGUACCGUGUCGAUGAACUAUGGCGCUUUGGGUGGGAGGUACGCUCUGGAGUUUCUGAAGGGUCUAUACAACGGCGUUGUUGGAAUCGAACAUGCGAAUGAGACUGAUAUGUUGGCGUGGCUCCUGCCAUCCCGUAGUAACCGAUCGGAAACUGGACUCGCUAGAGACUGCUUUGAAGGACAAGGACUAACUUUCCGAAAUAUGUUCCCCUUCGUGCCAGCUCUGCAGGUUGCGCAUAGGAUUUUCAAGAACAAACAAAAGCUUCACGUGAACGACUGGAAGCUCCAACUACUAGAAGAAUAUUCGACCGAUCAAAUAUUUUUUCUGACGUUUUGCAAUGUGCUUUGUCAUUUCAGUAACGCAUGUAACGCGGCUGUGUCUAACUUGGACGAGUUCGCGACUGCAUUCCAUUGUUUAUUAGGUUCCAACAUGAAUCCCAAGAAAAAGUGUUCGUUUUUUCGCGAGGACGCAGGCGGUGCCCGACAUGUAUAGGCGCCGGGCACUGCACUGUGUGUCGUUUGAUGCUGUGAGAUAUCGGAUACAUCUUGUAUUUUAAUGUAUUUUAAAUGCAAGGUGUUUU